AUGGGAAGCCAGAGAUUCGAAAGUAAUAAAGGUCGGAUGGGAGUCAGCGUGAGCUCCUCAGACGAUGCAACUAAUCAGGACAAGGCGGACAUGGCUCGUCUUGGGAAAGACCAACAGUUCAAUAGGAACUUCCGGUUUUUGUCAACACUCGGGUUUACCUGCACUCUCAUGGCGACAUGGGAAUCCAUUCUCUUGACGUCAACUCUCGGGCUGAGUAAUGGAGGCCUGGCGGGAUCUGUAUACAUUUAUAUUGGGUCUUUCGUCGGAUUUUUCUCAACUGUAGCUUCUAUGGCUGAGAUGGCCUCAAUUUCUCCUACAUCUGGCGGCCAAUAUCACUGGACGAGUGAAUUUGGUGGAAGGAAAUAUCAAAAGUUUCUUAGUUAUGCGACCGGUUGUCUCUCGGUCUUGGGAUGGCAGGCCGCCUUCGCCAGCGUAUGUUUUCUCUGCGGUACACUCAUGCAGAGCCUUAUACAGCUGAACGAACCUGGAUAUGUACCAGAGAGAUGGCACGGCACUCUCUUCACCGCUACCGUUGCUCUUGCAACCACGUUCAUCAACACGUACAUGGCGAGCCAUCUACCUAUGCUGGAGGGCCUGAUUCUUAUUCUCCAUAUUUUUGGGUUCUUUGCGACAAUUAUCCCACUAUGGGUUAUGGCGGAACGGACACCGACUAAAGCUGUUUUUACCGAGUUCACAAAUGCGGCUGGGUGGCCUACUCUAGGGCUGGCCUGUCUUGUUGGUCAAAUAAGUCCCAUUUUCUCAUUCCUUGGCCCCGACGCUGCUACCCAUAUUGCUGAGGAGAUCAAAGAUGCUUCCAAGGUUGUGCCCUGGUGCAUGAUUUCUACCGCUCUUAUAAACGGCUCCCUUGGCUUCAUCAUGCUUAUCACCUAUCUCUUCACCAUGGGCGAUUUGCACGAGGUCAUUAAGGCUGAAGCCGGAUUUUCGUUCAUUACCGCCUUCUUGAACGCAACCGGCUCCAAGGCCGCAACCACCACUUUCGGUGGCCUCCUCCUUGUGAUGGAGGCUUGCGCCGCUAUUAGUGUUUUAGCUACUGUGGCACGACAAACCUUUGCCUUUGCCCGUGAUAAUGCACUUCCGUUCUCCCCUUUUUUCGCCCGUGUGCACCCAACAUCCAAGGUCCCUGUCAACGCCGUCCUAGCCUCGACUGUCAUUACGAUUCUACUCUCGCUCAUUAACAUCGGCUCAACGGAGGCAUUCAACGCGGUUGCAUCCCUCACAAUCGCAUCUCUUUUUACGUCGUACCUUAUCUCUAUCGGCUGCUUUAUCUACCGCAGGAUGCAGUGGAAGAAAAUGCCACGAGCGCGAUUCAGCUUGGGGACCUGGGGCCUUCCAGUUAAUAUUUUCUCGUUUGGCUACCUCUGCUUCGCAAUUGUGUUCACUUUCUUCCCGAACAGUAACAACCCCACGCUCGUCAACAUGAAUUGGUCCAUUCUUGUUUUUGGGGUUGUGACGAUGUUCGCUGGCCUUCAAUAUCUGAUCCACGGAAGGAAGACUUAUGAAGGCCCGGUGGCGUAUGUAGAAAAGAUAGAAUAA